AUGCUGGUAAACUAAUUGAACUAAACUAAUGCAAGCUAUUGGGAGCCGUUAUCAAUACAAAUUGCUAAAGAUUAAGAUCUGGUUUUUAUUUCGUGCGGAGUGAACGGAAUUGCAAUUGUUGAUUAUUUAGGAAGUAAAAUACUUGACACUAUUAACUUUAACGGGCUAUAUGUCUAAAAUUUCUAAGUUUCUCACAAUGGCCAGAUAUUAUUUUUAUCUUUAAAUUCAACAAUUUAAGUUUAUAAAUUAGUUUUUGAGUACGAACCUUAUGAUUCUUUUAAAAUGAUAGAAGUUAGCAUGAUUCAAGCAGUAGAGUUUUCUUAACUUAUUACAUAAAUGCUUUUCACAGAAGAGAUCGAUACAUUAAUCGUAUCGGGGUAGAAAGGCUUAAUAGUUUCUUAUAAUACAAAAAUUAAAUCUACUAUUUAUAAAACUGGGUUUUAUUAACUUGACGCCCAAUAAAUAACAGGAUUAUUUCUUUCUAAAGACUUUUAGCUUCUUUAUGCUGGAGCAAAUUUAUUUGGAAUGUUUUUAUUUAAAAUGAAUUAUGUAGUCGAUUAAAAAAAUAAUAUUCAAAAUUAAACUAAUUUUAUCCUAGUAGGUGCAGGAUUUACUGGUGAUUCAACCUAUUAUUGCCUACAAACAAGAGAUUACUAUGCUUAUUGCUAUGAUAUAUGGACUGGACUAUAUUUUUCUAAUUUUAAGUAUCUAACAUAAAUUGAUGAAAAUGAUUAUCCAAUGGCUUUGAAUUUCACUUAGUACUGGCCUGAUUAAAAUGUGAUACCUAUUAUUUCAUCUCUUUUUUUAAAUUCUGCUGAAUCUAUUCUAUUUUGUGGGGUAAGAUCUUACGGUAUUUAUUUAUUUGAUAUAAGAUAACGAAAUAAAAUUUUACUUAUUGAAGUGAUUGGUUCAGAGAUAAACCCAUUCUCUAUUUAACUCUCAAAAAAUGAAAUAUAUUUAUAUGUAUCAACUUCAUCAAACAUUUUUUCAUUUCCUUAAGUAUAAGUUGAACUGAAUGAUUAUUUCCCUAAUAUGUUCAAUAUCCAUUAAUCUAGCUUUAGCGAAUUGGAUAUUAUUUACAAACCUCGCUGCUAUGUUGACAGUAAAGAUGAAUAUCUUUUUGGCGCUUUUGAUUAUGAUGGUCUGUAUGUUUUUCCAACUUAUAAAAACCCUUACAGGCUCAAUAUUAAAAGUUUUUAGAAGUACCCUAUUAAUUCAGAUUCGAUUUUGUUUGAUUAAUCAGGAUAAUACAUCAUUGCCCCCUCUUAUUAUUAAGGUAUACUACUUUAUAUUUACCAAUACUCACCCCUUGAUAACAGCAAAUAAUAAUAAGAGAUAUCACCUUUCAAUAUGAAGUUAAUACGUGCCGAUAGUUACAAUAAUUAAUUCUACUCUAUAAAUAUGGCAUUUGGUGUUGAUAAGAAAUUUGCUGCUCAAGCAGUUUAAAAAGAAAUUAUUACUUAUAACACAACAGAUAUACUAAAUAUUGAGAUUUUAUCUGUUUGGUCAAAACCUGAUUUUUUACUAGGUGAUAUAUAUGAUCUUUGUAUUACAUUAGACAAUAGAUGGAUUAUUGGUGUUACUUAAGGCUAAGGUUAUUUUAUAUUAAAUAUUUCUGACAAAAAUAAUCCUAUCUUAGCAAAUCAUCAAACUUUUUAAGGUGGCUUUGCUAUUGUUACUUCAGCUUAUUAUAAUUUCGCUUAUAUUGGAGAAGGUACAAAAGGUUUUGCUAUUUUAGAUACAUCUGCUCUUCCAUAAAUCAAGUUUGCUUCCAGGAUAAGCCUAACUGGGUUCACCUUUAUGGUAUUACCAAUUUAAAAAGAAGAUUACAUUAUUGUAACUUAAAGUGAUAAAGGUACGCUAACUCUUAUAGAUACGAGAGACAAGUACAAUCCAUUAAUAAUAUAUUAAUAACUUUAUUUUAAUCAGUAAGCUUAAGGUGUUUGCUUAUUCAAUACUCUAAAUUAUCUUUUUGUUACAGUUUCUAAUGGCAUCUUAACAAUGCCAUAUUAAAAUGAAAUUCAAAUACACACAGAAGUUUCUGUAAUAAAAGCAUUUUCAAAUACAUAAUAAUAAUAAAAACUCAAGUACAGCAAAUAAAGUUUGGUUGAAUCAACUAAUAAUCCUAGAAUUAAUAAUGAAUAUAUAUUUUAAAUUGGUUAAACUGUUGUUUUAAAUUUUAAAAUUAUCUAUCCAUAAAAUUUAAAUAUGAAAAUUUCUAAUAUUUACAUUUUAUAAAAUGGUAAUAUAGAGACACUUCCACAAUAAUUUAACUUCGAUUCUAAAAAUUAAAAUCUUUAAUUUUAAGUUACAACUGAUUUAUUAGACAAAAACUAUAUGAUUUCAAAUUUAAUCAUAAUAUUAAUUAAAACUUUAAUACCAAUAGAUAAAAUAUCAUUUUUUUACUCUUAAGAGGAUUCUUAAGAUUUAGCUGUAACAAAUUUGACCUAAUCUGCUCUGAUUUUCUAAAGUCUUACAGACCAAAAUAUUAUAAAUUUAGAUGGUAUUUUAAAUCAAAACUUUGAUGUUUAGAAAAAGUUAGUUUUAGAUGCCUAACUUUAGAAAUAACUGGUAGAAACUUCUAAUAUUUAAGAUAGUUUAUAUUAAAAUUUUAUAUCUUAGAUAACACAAAAGGUAAGCGUAACGCUGAAGAAAUCAUAUUCAUUCAAUCCCUUUAAAUUCUACAUAAUUUCAUCCUUAAAAUUUGAUAACAACAAUAGAUUUCAUUACAUUUCAACUAAUUCUCUACAGAUUAUUCAAGUUAUUUUAAAGGUGAAUAGCAACACUGGUAAACUGAUUCAUAAAAAUCAAGACAGUGUUACAUUUUAAUUAUCAGAUUCAUAAGAUUAGCUUCAAAUUGAAGGCUCUUUAGAAAAUGUAAACAAGGUAUUGCAAUAGUAUAUUAUAUUUGCUAAUGCAAGUGAAAUUAGUUAACACAUCUAAUAGUCUAUUCAAAUUAUUAUUAAUGACAAUGUAAAUAAUCCUCUAAAAACUUCUAUAAAUAUUUUUGAAUGUUCAUUUAUAAUCCUGAAAAAGCAACUAAUUGUUAAUAAACAACUAAAUUUAUAAACAUAACUUGAUUAAUAAUUUAAAGAUGGUGUUAUUGAUAUAGAAUCAAAUAUUGCAAUCUCUUUUUCCUCCUAAACAUUUUUAGUUUAAGAUACAAGUAAAAUUACUUAUUAAGCAUAUCUACAAAAUGAAAAAGGUGAAUUUGUGCUUAUUCCUCCAAGCUUAUGGCUUCAAUAGUAAGGUAAUGAUAAACUUAAUUUCAAAGGUGUAACAACUUCAGAUUUAUAUGGUAAGGUUUACAGAUUUUAGAUAUAAGCGACUGAUGGAUAUACAAAAGCUGUGGAUUAUUUUACAGUUUAAUUAUAUGGUAUAUCUUUUGUAUAUGCCUUGAAUCUAAUACUAAAAAUAUUAGGUCCAUUUUUAGGAGUUUUUGGAAUAUAUUAAUAAAGACACUACUUUUAUAACAUAAUAUUUUAAAACAGAGUGACCUUCUCAUAAGAAGAGGUUGAUUGUGGCACAAAAUACUAAUAAUAGUUAAUAAUUAUAGGCAACUGUCAUGAAGAAGGAAUGUACAUAGUAAGAAAUCUAUUUAAAAAGAUAAUGGAGAAUUCUUCGUUGAAGCUAGAUUAAAAAUAGCCUAGAGCACAUACUCAUUCAGUCUCUGAUGUUUAAUAAAAAAAUAUGGAUAACUUAUUUGAAUAAAAAAAUAUUAACAAUGAGGAAUGUGAAAAUGAAUUUAAAGAAUUUUAAAAAUUUGAACAUUAAAAUAAUUUUAAUUUUAAAAAAAAUACAAACAAUAUCCAAAAAGUAUUAUUGAAUUUAUAAAAAGCCAAAAAAUAAAUAACUUAAUCAAGUUUAGAAAGAAGAUACCUGAAUGAAAAAGGGAGUUUGGUAAUGUCUCAAGCUAUUUAGGAUAUCGUAAAAUUUAAUAUAAUACCAAAAACUUAUAAAUAAAAAACAAUGUAGUAAUACGUUAAUGAAUUAGCAGACACUAAUUCUGUUUUACAAAGAAUUAUAAGAGCCUUAAUAUCUAGAUAUUUGCUUAAACUAGAUUAAAAAACUCAUAUAAUCUAUGAAUACAUAAAAAAUUACUGCUUUUAGAAUAUCCAUCAUAACAAAAAUGAUUGGUUUAAAGCUAUAAUCGAUAUAUAGUAUAAGAACAAUCCUUUUAUAAAAGAAGAUGAUGAAGAAAUCAACAUUUUUCCUUCAAUAGACUUCAACUAUAAAUAGUUAUUAUUUAUAUUUUAAUAGCUCCAUAAGACUGACAAUGCACAAAAUUUAAAAAUACCCAAAUCAUUUAGCUAGUUUAAGAAAUACAUUGAAACAUACUUUGAAGAUGUAAACAUUUUUCUUUUAAGGGAAGUAAUCUUUGCUGAUGUUUUAGGGUUUCCUCAGUAUAAACCUUCAAGUUUUUAGCGUUCGAUAGGUAAGUCUAUUUAUGCUCAUUCUUACAAUAUCAGUUAGAUUAUAGCUUUUAAGAAAAGAGAAAUAAGUAAACACUUCCAACCAAUAUAUAGAUUCUUUAAUAUAGAAUAUGAAAAAUACGGUUUUUCUAAAAACAUGAGAUUACCUUCUUGGCUUCAAUUUGAUUAAAGAAGCGGAGUUAUCUUCCUUCAUGGAGUACCUUAAAAGUAAGAUAUAGAAGAAAUACAAAUAAAAAUUUAUGACACAAAUAGAUAUGUUAUACGAUAAUUUGUUUUAAAAAUUAAUUUUAAUAUACAGAGAAAUGAUAAAAAGUAAUAAAUUGACUAAAUUUAUUCAUAAUAAGAUGAGUCUUCAUAAUUAAUUAGCUCAAAUUAAUAAAAAAUAUCUUCAAAACAUGAAAUGCCAAAAACAUUUUUAAAUACAUUCUAUACGAAAUAAGAAGACAUUUUUUAAACUAAUUCAGAUUCUCCCUCUUCAAUUUUCAGUAAAAGUGUUAAAUUAAGGAGAGAAAUUAAUAAAUAUUAAUUAUAAGCCACUAAUUAAAAUUAAAUAUAAAAGAAUAAAACAGAAUAAGAAGGAAAUAUUUUUGAAAAUUGUCAAUCAAAUAUCAGUGAAGAGCUACAAUCAUAAGAAGUAAAUAGGUUUUAAGAAUUCUCAACUCACAGAAAUUCAAUUUCUGAAAAAGAAGCAUAAUUAUAUUUGCAAAUUAUCUCAAAUAGGAAAUAAGAUGAGAUUAAUGAAUUAUUAUGA